AUGCUGGCUCUUCGUGACCAGGAAAACCUGGUGCAUACUCACCAGACUGUCGCUGCAGCUAAACCCUUGAACCAUGGCGUGAAGCAGUCGCAACCGCGAACCCCGGGAGCCCGCGCACCGAAAACACCCUUCAAGGUGCCUUUGAACGAUGAAAAUGACCCUUUGGCGUUUGGAAAGAAAACAGUAAAGGCUGCUGGCAAGCAAAAGGAGAACACAAAACCCGCCAAGGAUGCCUUUGUCACUCCGCUGGGUAUGCAGGAGAGAGACCCCAGCGAGAGGAUCGAGAAGGCUAACGAAACACUGGCAAUAGAACCUCGCAAUCGUGCACCUCUUGGCAUGAAAACGACCAAUGCAAAGGCGAGAGGCUUACAGACCCCAGCAGCGCCGGCAGGCACUAUCAAGCCAGAGAAGACGAACAAGAGAACCUCUACCCAGAAGAUCAGGAAAUUCUCGCCACUAGUUGACCAGCCCAAGAUUGAGGUACAGGGUGAAGAGAGCCAGGAUGACGUGCCCGAUAUUGAAUAUAUGCCCCCCAAACCGAAAGAGCUCCCGGAUAUCCCUGACGACAUUACUUAUGACACGACAUUUCCUCAGUUUCAACCCAAGAACUUGGCCUUGGGAUUGGAAAGUGUGUACGGAGACAAUCAAGUCGGAGAGGAUGGUCUUACCAAACGACAGCGCAAAUUCCAGGAGGACUCAAUUGCGUUCGACAAAAAGGUGGACGAAAUGAUCUUGAAGCAGCUUGAAGAGAUUGGAUUCGAGGACAAGACGGAAUUGGACCCUCCCAGCGAGCCUCAUGUGGAAGAGGUACCUAAACGACGCCUCGAGGUGCGCCGUGCUAAAUCGGCUAUGACGAAGCCCAAGUAUACCAGCAAUAUCUCUACUGUCCGUGCUCGCGAUGCAGUUGCCGCACUGUCCAGGGUUGAGCCCUCGGGUGCACGAGCGAGGCCAGCGGCGAUGUCAAAGCCGAAACCCAGAGUCGCAUCAUCUCUCUUGACAUCUAGGAGGCCCCGAGUGCCGAGCAAUCUGUCCUCCAUGCGUCACGCUGCGGCCACUGCCAACUCCAAGACUACCCUGGGCUAUUCAAAGGGCCGGGCUGUGUCCUCCAGAUUGCAUGGAAAGCCGUCAACUACUCCGGAGAGGUCGGUCCUGUCGCCUGGAACAUACAUCGAAUUGUACGGGAUGCCUCCGCUGGGUUCGGAGAUGUGGUAUCGCUGCAAGGCUGCAGGCUGUUUUGAUAGCGAGGAGGAUCGACUGGCGGCCGAAGCUGAAAGAAAUCUCCCGACCUUUGGGGAAGAUGAAGAGGCGCAGAAUUUCCAGCUCACGCUUUGA